AUGUCGUCUUUGGCUCGGUCACGCUUUUUGGCCACCCCAAACCUGCGCCUUGCCGAGCGGCGGGCGCCUCCCCGGAGAGCGAAGCCGCCGCGCCGGGCACCCGCCCCCCGCCGCGCGCCCCGGGCCGGCCGGACCCGCGCGCGGCCCAGCCGUGAGGGCGGCCGGGCAGCGAGCGCCCCCGCCCGCCAUGCGCUGCGGCGCUUCCGUCCGAGCCGCGUCCGCUUCCGCCCCGCGCUGCCGCUCUUCCCUCAGCCCCGAUCAAGUAAGCGCAUCCCCGCGGGUGGCCGCGGGCCUCGGGGUGUUUUCUGCCCGCCGUGCCCGCGUUCCCUUCGGGGCAGAGGAGUGGGCGAGGACGGGCCUGCCACUGCACCGGGCGGGGGCCGCUCGGCUCCCCGUCCCCCGCCGUGGCUCUGCCCCGGCCGCUCGCCCGCCUCGCGGCCGUGCCUGCGCUCGCUGCGGAGCCGUGGGGCUGCAGCAGGCGGGCGGCGCGCGUGGUCCGGCCGGCGCUGCCGGCUCUGCUCGCUCGCUGCCGCCGCGGCGGCGGCUCCUCGCGGGCGAGGGGCAGGCCCGGGCCGCGGGUGGCGCGUGCAGUGCCGCGGGCUGCGGUUUACUGAACGGUGUCCGAGCGGGGAGUCGGAGCUCUGUGCUGCCAUGAGGCGAGCGGCAGCCCCAGCUGUGGCCGGCGGCAGUGCUGCCGCCUUGUGGACAGAGAGCGGUACUGCAGCCCCAGCUGUGGCCGGCGGCAGUGCUGCCGCCUUGUGGACAGAGAGCGGUACUGCAGCCCCCCAGAGCGAGCGCCCCGCCCCUCGCCGCUGGGUGCCGGGGGGCGGGGGAAGAACGGCUGCCGAGCGAGGGAAGGGCGAGGGGCGGGAGCGAGCGGCGUCUGGCGGUGUCAGAACAGGACUGCACCCCUCCAACCCCCGCGCGCGCCCCUCUGCAGCCGGUGGAAACGACGGCGCGCCGCAGAUUCCCGUCGGGGCGGUGCCGGGGUGGCGUGCAGGCGGUGCAGUAGGCGGAGCGGGCUCCUGGCUUUCCCCGCCCUUUCUGCUGCCAUCUUUGGAAGGUCAGGCGAGCUGCCCGUCCCGUCCCUCCGCCUCCCCGCGCUCCGCUGCCCGCCCCUGGCCCCGGCGCCGCAGAGCGCGCCGCCCGUGUCCUCGUCCCCGGAAAGGCGGCGGGAAAUCGCGCCGAGAGGGCGGGGUGGGUCGUCCCCGUCCCGCCGCCUCCCCGCACUCCCUCCGCUCUCUGCCCUCCCCACUCUCACACAACGGCCCCCCACGGCCCCUUCUGGUCCAGGGAAAUGGAGGAAAACACAAAAGCAUCGGGGCAGAACAGCCGCUGGAGGUGCCCGAGCCGUCUCCCUGCCCGCAGGGCCAAGGCUGCACACGGCCGGGAGCUGACAGGUCUGUGCUGGAGAGUGGGAGAAAGGUCCCUGAUGGUUGCCGUGUCCUCGGUGGGCAGAGAGCUCUGACCUUGGCUGGGUGGGCUGUUUGGUUUCUUUUUCACAGGUUUCUGGGUGUUUUGAUCCUGACAUCACCAAACCCUCAGUUGCUGUAUCUCUUGGAUGCUGUGCAGGAUGGAAUCAGGCAGCCAAACCUCAGGUUCACCUUCUCCCUGACCCUCUGCGUUGGUCGUGUGGCACAGCAGAUCCUGGAGCCAGGUACUGGAACUUGCUGCGUGUGUCACUGCUGGAGUGAAAAACAGAGCCUUGGGGAGUGUCGAUCUCCUCAUCUGCUUUGUGUUCAUGCACUCUUGACUGAGCUUUUCGUUCUGGGGAAGAAAAGGGGAGGGUGGGCAGCAACCGAGUGAGCCUCAGAGCAAAGGCCUUCUGCAGUUGCUGGGCUGUUCUCCCAGCUUGGAACGCUGCACACUCACUACAGCUUCCACGUAUUCUCAUCCAUGGUUGUGGACUGGGAACGUUGCCAGGGUGGGCAGCACAGAGCAUGGUCACACUGUGAGGUUUUCUGACACUACAACACUCUUACACCCUCUAAGAACUUCCCCUUCAAGGACUGUAAUGGAACAAAAGGUAUGAAAGAAAUAAAAUUCCACAAGGGAAAAUAGUCUGCAAAAA